GUUUCCGGGCGGACUUAUAAAGCGAGAACACCCGCCGGAAGCAGCCGAGAGAAGGUAACAUGGCCGCUGCCCGAAACCUUCUUUGGUUACCGAGCCGGGCUUGGCUCAGGUUGACUCUGCUUCAGUCGUCUAACCGCUGCCUCUGCCGUACUUUUCACGAGAAAGCUGUCAGCUCUAAGUUUAAGAGCAUCUACAGCCUUGAUAAGCUUUACCCGAACUCCUGCGGACGGGAGACUGCGUGGAGAAUACCGGAUGAUGCAAAGCAGGCCAGCACUGACAUUCCUAUAGAUCGCCUACAAAUAUCUUAUUCCAAAAGUAGUGGUCCUGGAGGACAGAAUGUUAAUAAAGUAAAUACCAAGGCUGAAGUCCGGUUCCAUUUAGCAAAAGCAGACUGGAUUGCAGAGCCUAUCCGGCAAAAGAUUGCUGUUUUGUUCAAAAAUAAGAUCAGCAAAUCAGGGGAGUUGAUCAUUACCUCUGAUUCUAGUCGCUAUCAGUUUCGAAAUUUGGCAGAUUGCCUCCAGAAAAUCCGGGACAUGAUUGCCCAGGCUAGUCAAGUUCCCAAGGAGCCAUCCAAAGAGGAUGCUGUGCUUCGAAGGAUCAGGACAGAAAACAUGAAUCGUGAAAGGCUAAGACAGAAGAGAAUCCAUUCUUCCACAAAGGCAAACAGGAAGGUAGAUAUGGACUGAACUCAGCUUCCAGCUGCCUGGAGCAGGCCUCUUCAGUGGUUCUCAAACUGUUUUUGCUCAAGACCUUCUUGCAUCAUUCUUUGCCAUGAGGAAUCAUGGCACAUUGAACUUUUUGGUUGGCAAGACUAGAAAUCACCAGUAUAAGUCUCAUUCAAUUCAUAAGAUACCAGUGACAAACUCCUUUGAGUCUAACAACUGCAAUUGAUGGUCAUUUGGAACCACAAAGAGACUGUUCUUGGUGGGAAAAAAUAUACCUCUUUUUAUUUAACAAUAAAAUAUCUUCAAUGA